GGGAGGUUUCUUUUCAUGGAUACUUCUCAGAUUGUGCAGGGUUUAUCCAGCAGCCUUUCUCUCUGCGUCGGAGUGUGGGACACAAUGGCGAGCACCUUCACCCGGGUUCUGUCAAGCAAAAAGACGGUGGGACUCCUGUCUCUUGUUGGUGUGGGAUCUUUAACAGCAAGCUAUUUGAUCAACCGGGACCAUGUCAACGCAGGAACGGAAUUAAAAAGAAGACAGUACCCGCCAAGUGCGGAGUAUCCUGAUCUGAGGAAGCAUAACAACUGCAUGGCCAGUCAGCUGACUCCUGCCAUCUACGCUAAACUCUCUGAUAAAGCCACUCCCAAUGGCUUCACUUUAGAUCAUUGCAUCCAGACUGGGGUGGACAAUCCAGGACACCCUUUCAUCAAGACGGUGGGCAUGGUGGCAGGAGAUGAAGAAUCAUAUGAGAUAUUUGCUGACCUCUUUGAUCCCGUCAUUAAAGAAAGGCACAAUGGAUAUGACCCAAGGACCAUGAAACAUCCCACUGACCUGGAUUCCAGUAAGAUCCGCUCAGGAUUUUUUGAUGAACGCUAUGUCCUGUCUUCACGAGUACGGACAGGCCGCAGCAUUCGGGGACUGAGCCUUCCUCCUGCUUGCACCCGAGCAGAGAGGCGUGAGGUAGAGCGAGUGGUCUCAGAUGCACUGGGUGGACUCAGAGGAGACUUGACGGGCCGCUAUUAUCGCUUGAGUGAGAUGACGGAUGGUGAGCAGCAGCAACUUAUCGAUGACCAUUUCCUGUUCGACAAGCCUGUCUCUCCUCUGCUGACCUGUGCAGGCAUGGCGCGAGAUUGGCCAGAUGCCCGUGGAAUUUGGCACAACAAUGAGAAGACCUUUCUUAUCUGGAUAAAUGAAGAAGACCACACUCGUGUCAUAUCUAUGGAGAAAGGAGGAAACAUGAAGAGGGUCUUUGAAAGGUUCUGCAGAGGACUCAAAGAGGUUGAGAGGCUAAUCCAGGAGAAAGGCUGGGAGUUCAUGUGGAACGAGAGACUUGGCUACAUCCUGACCUGCCCAUCCAACCUGGGGACAGGACUGAGGGCAGGCGUGCACAUUAAUCUACCUCUGCUGAGCAAGGAUCCACGUUUCUCAAAAAUCCUGGAAAACUUGCGCCUUCAGAAACGUGGAACCGGCGGAGUGGACACGGCUGCGGUUGGAAGUACUUUUGACAUUUCAAACUUGGACCGUCUUGGCAAGUCUGAGGUGGAGCUUGUGCAGACCGUGAUCGAUGGAGUAAACUACUUGAUUGACUGUGAAAAAAGACUUGAACGUCGCCAGGACAUCAAAAUCCCCUCGCCCAUCAGCCAGUUCAAAUAAAAAGUAAAAGAUGACAACAUGUGACGCUAGGUGGCAUGCUUACAUGAGACGCAGUGUGUGUGCGCCCAAAGCGAAGUGACAAGCUGCUUAAUAAACGUACGAUCUGCUGUAA